GUCUCCGGGGCGGCCCGUUAGGCGCUGCGCGGUGCUCGCUGCCGGCGCUCCCCUCCGUUUGCACCCACGCCCGCCCUAUUGUGGCUGGCACUACGGUUCUCCCAGGACCCCGGCUCCCUUUUCCGUUGACCUGGUGGUCGUUUUCCGUGUGUUGCUGAGAGGUGGAUAUUAAAAAUCAAGGCCAGGACUACAGUAAGUCUGAAAUCACUGAAGUGCUUGGAGUGCAGAACUGAAAGAGUUUCAUUGGGGAUCAUGUCCAUGGAGCUCCUCAUGCUGUCAUGCCAGAAGUGGAAUUCCCUGACCAAUUCUUUACAAUUCUAACCAUGGACCAUGAACUGGUGACACUCAGGGAUGUGGUCAUCAACUUCUCUCAGGAGGAAUGGGAAUAUCUGGAUUCUGCUCAGAGGAACUUAUACUGGGAUGUGAUGAUGGAGAACUACAGCAACUUACUCUCACUGGAUUUGGAGUCCAGGAAUGAGACUAAGCAUUUAUCCAUAGGAAAAGAUAUUAUUAAAAACACUGGUUCUCAGUGUGAGGUAAUGGAAAAUAGCAAGUUACAUGGCCUUGAAAGUUCCAUUUUGAAAAAUGACUGGCAAAGCAAAAGCAAGAUUGAAGUACAAGGACCUGAAGUGGGAUAUUUCAGUCAAAUGAAAAUCAUCUCUGAAAAUGUGCCCAGUUACAAAACUCAUGAAUCUCUUACUUUACCUCAGAGAAGUCAUGACAGUGAGAAGCCCUAUGAAUACAAGGAAUAUGAGAAGGUCUUCAGCUGUGACUUAGAGUUUGAUGAAUAUCAGAAAAUAUAUACUGGUGGAAAAAACUAUGAAUGUAAUCAAUGUUGGAAAACCUUUGGGAUAGGUAACUCCAAUAUGUUACAACUGAAUAUUCAUACUGGUGUGAAACCUUGUAAAUAUAUGGAAUAUGGGAAUACAUGUAGUUUUUACAAAGACCUUAAUGUAUACCAGAAAAUUCGUAAUGAGAAGUUCUAUAAAUGUAAGGAAUACAGAAGGACCUUUGAAAGAGUUGGAGAAGUUACUCCACUUCAAAGAGUUCAUGAUGGUGAGAAACACUUUGAAUGCUCAUUCUGUGGGAAAUCCUUUAGAGUGCAUGCACAACUUACUCGACAUCAGAAAAUCCAUACUGAUGAGAAAACUUACAAAUGUAUGGAAUGUGGCAAGGACUUCAGAUUUCAUUCACAGCUUACUGAACAUCAGAGAAUUCAUACUGGUGAGAAACCCUACAAAUGUAUGCACUGUGAGAAGGUUUUUAGAAUUAGUUCACAGCUCAUUGAACAUCAGAGAAUUCACACUGGUGAGAAACCUUAUACAUGUAAGGAAUGUGGGAAGGCUUUUGGAGUAUGUAGAGAACUUGCUCGUCAUCAGAGAAUUCAUACUGGUAAGAAACCCUAUGAAUGCAAAGCAUGUGGAAAGGUCUUUAGAAAUAGUUCAUCCCUGACUAGACAUCAGAGGAUUCAUACUGGUGAAAAACCCUAUAAAUGUAAAGAAUGUGAGAAAGCAUUUGGAGUAGGUAGUGAACUUACUCGACAUGAAAGAAUUCACAGUGGUCAAAAACCUUAUGAAUGUAAGGAGUGUGGAAAGUUCUUUAGACUUACGUCAGCCCUUAUUCAACAUCAAAGAAUUCAUAGUGGUGAGAAACCUUAUGAAUGUAAGGUAUGUGGGAAGGCCUUUAGACAUAGUUCAGCCCUUACAGAACAUCAGAGAAUUCAUACUGGAGAAAAACCCUAUGAAUGCAAGGCAUGUGGGAAGGCCUUUAGACAUAGUUCGUCCUUUACCAAACAUCAGCGCAUUCAUACUGGUGAUAAACCCUAUGAAUGUAAGGAAUGUGGGAAUUCCUUUAGUGUUGUUGGGCAUCUUACUUGCCAACCGAAAAUUUACACUGGUGAGAAAUUAUUUGACUGAAAUAAAUGUAUAAAGUGGUUUUUUCUGAUUUUCACAGGAAAAUACUGUGGAUGGAUUUAAUAGGUAAUCAAGGCAAUUCAGUAUCUCCCUCUUUUAAAGUCUGUUUUUAGACUUCAUGGUCAUUCUGUAUGUAGACGUAGAAUUGCUUAGUCAUAGCUGAUAUAUACUUAUAGCUUUGUUAGAUGUUGCCAAAUAUUUCUCCUUUUUAUGUUAAAAAGAGUUUUUUUCAUGAGUUUCUCAUCCUGGCAUGUUUUGUUUACAAUAGCUUUUGAUGUUUGUAUUAUUGCUCUUUUGACUAUUCAGUUUUUUAAUUGUAAUAUUACUUCAGUAUCUUUUCUGCAUUGUAAUUCUUUGCUUGUGAUAUCUAUACUUACUUAUUUUCCUCCAGAGAGUUAGAACUCCUAGUCAGAUACAAUGUAUUUUUACAGUCUUAACAGCUCAUCAUUUUGUGUAAUGUUCUUGUUUCAUUUUGAAUGAUAGAAGUGUGAUCUCCUUUCCAUUUUCAUCAAAUUGUUGACUUCUCUUUAAAUUUCUACUUUAUUUUGAUACAACAUAUUCCCCCAAAAAAAACACAUACAUAGGAACUGGUUAUAUUCCACCAUAACACACACACACUAUAUACAUAUAGUGUAUAUAU